CCCGCUCAGCUCUCCGCAUCACACACACUCUCACGGAGCUGCACCGACUCUCUCACACUCCUCCGUCCACACUUUGUUUGCACAUCGCUCCGAGAGGCACCGUCGCUAAACACACACGCGCGCGGACGCACGAGCAGCCACGGGCUACCUGUGCCACUGCGGCCGUCCCACACAGGGAGGGGUUUCACUCUUUUCCCUGUCAUUGAGGCACCGAGAGGAAGAGAGACAGUAACUCAACGCGGUGCGGUGUGUGCGGAGGAACACGCAAACAUUAGUAGGGGAAGGUAGCAGAGGCUGUAACUUGGCUGGUUUGAAGUGAUCUCGAAGUUUCCGAUCGGAGAAGGAAUACUUUGGAGCCCGGUGUCCCCUCGCUGGUUGUGGAUAUUUACGUCCACCUUGUCUCCUGCUCUGAAGAAUGGCGAGAGAUUACGCAGCGCGCUGCUCACUCUCUCCGGUGAGGAAGACUUGGCUGGUGGCGGCGGCGGCGGCGAUCCUCCUCGCAUUUCAAGGUAUCGGGGCUCAGAAAGUGCGAGUGGAGGAGGAGCUGGAGGCGUAUCCCACGGAGUCCGUCGAUCUCCGCUGCCAAUUCAUCGAUGGAUUAGGCAAAACCAAACUCACACAGGUGUCUUGGAUAUGGGAACCAAUCGAUGGUCAGAGGGACAACAUCGCCGUUUACCACCCCAUCUACGGUCAGAGUUUUCCCAACUUGUCGUUCAGGGAUCGAGUCGUCUUCCUUCAAAACACUCUGGAGAACCCGUCCAUUAGGAUUUCUAAGCUGAGAAUGGCUGAUGCCGGCCGUUACACCUGCGAAUACGCCACCUACCCCUCUGGGAACGAACAGGGGACGACCACCCUCACCAUGCUUGCCAAGCCCAAGAACUCCGCCAAAGUUGUGACCGUCCAGGCUGGCUCCAAGUCGGUGGUGGUGGCCCAGUGCGAGGCAGCAGACGGCAAGCCAGCAGCCACCAUCAAGUGGUUGGGGUCAGUCGGAGGCAACCACUCAACCACCACCGCAAACGGGCCAGACGGCACGGUGACGGUGCGCAGCGAGUACCGGCUGGUUCCAACGCCUGCAGACAACGGCAGAGAUGUGGUGUGCAUGGUGGAGCAGAGGACGCAGGAGCAGCCGUGGGUUAACACCGUCAAGCUGUCUGUCGAAUACCCCCCCUCGGUAUCCAUCGAGGGCUACGACAACAACUGGUACGUCGGCCGCUCAGACGCUGCACUCCUCUGCCUGGCCAGCGCCAACCCUGAGCCCACCACCGUCACCUGGACCGCGGCUUCCGGUUCUCUGCCCGACACGGUGAUGGUGGAAGGAAACAAGCUGACUGUGAGGAAGGUCGACGACGCCGUCAACACGACUUUCAUCUGCGAGGCCAAGAACAAGCACGGGGCAAGCAGACACCAGGUCACCACCAUCGUCAUAGAAAAGGAGAGGAUAAUCACUCCCGGCCCGUCGACAGGCGCAGUUAUCGGCGGUAUCCUCGGCGCCCUCGCCUUCAUCUGCAUCAUCGGCGGAAUCAUCUUCUUCAUCCGCAAGCGCCAGGAGGACGGAGAGGGCCCUCCCAAGCACAAGCCCCCUCCCCCUGUGAAGGCCGGCAGCUCAACAGAGAUGCUGAACAAGCCAUCAGAGCCUCCCACAGCCACAGAGACGGCCCCGCUCAGCCCAGGAGAGGUUUACUACGAGCCCACAGGGGGCGAGCCUGUCACGAACCUGGAUGACGAGUCCACCGGCGCCCUGAACGGCGGAGCUCCCCCGGUCCUGGACGACUCAGCCAAAUACGACAACGUCAACGAACUCAAAGACCGCGCCGACGACGGUCACCACGACUCGUCCAAUCACGACACACCGGCUGCCAGCAUCGCUCGCGGCGAGAGUUUUGUAUCUUCCGCCAUGUAUGUGUAGCUGUGCAAUGACGGCGCAUCACCAAGGUGUUAUCAGCACGCCCCAGGUCACCUAAGUUUGCAUGGAAAAGCUACGGCGAGCACACGUGUUCCCACAUUAAAGACCUUUUGUUUUUUACUUUAUAUUUUUUUUAUUUUAAUCCACGUAUCAUAGGGUUCUGCUUCUGGGUUUAUUUUUAUUUUAAAAGCACAUUUAAUGGGUGUUAUGGGUUAAAUUGGUUUUAAAUUGUCAUGUUUUUUUAUUUCUGAUGAAUUGUUGCUUCUGAGGAAUAAGAACUCUUGCAAGUGACAUGCAGAGUUUAAAUCAUCGUUUUAUUGCAAAUAUCUGGAAAAUAAGCAAAGACGAUGCUAAAUGAAAUUCACAAAAAUCAAUGUUUUAAAGCAGUUUAAGAUGCAAAAAAAAAACAGGAGUUCAUGACAUCUGAUGAGCCAAAUGAGAUCAUAUACUGGUGCAUAUGAUGAGGCGGGCUUUUACAGUAUGUUCAUUACAUGGUUGAGAGGAGUCACAAUAGGCUGGAACACAACCUGAAGCUAAUUAACACAACACUCGGCCUGUGUGGCGCUCGCAAAUCCAAACCUCAGUGUGAAGCUGCCAGUCCUGGGAUCGUCUGUUCACAGCCGUGGAACAUGAUUUGAACUUUUUUUUUUUUUUUAGCUCCUCUCCAAGUUAAGGAUAAAACAUCAGCCUCCUUUUUGCAGCAUUUUACUACAGUGAAGUUGUAAAAAAAUGUUUUAAAAAAUACCAUCUUUCAAAGUUCCUCCACAGUUGGUUGGAUUUUUUAAUUUCAUACCGCUGAAUUCAGUCCCAGGAAGUCCAAAGCUCGGUCAUCUGGCUCUCCUGGCAGCUUCGCUUAAUCACUGGAGAUGUUUGAAAGUAUUUCAGUUAUUUAUCAACUCCAGCCUUUCCCACUCUCGCCCAGGCGACAGUCCAAAACGGAAACAUUCCACUUUAUUAUGUUGUCAAAGGGGGCUCAUCUGUCCCUGGACCACAGCUUCUGUCGGAGCGCCGGGCUGCUCAUUAGCGCUAACGAAGGGGGGAAGUGACAUCGCUUUUGAAGCUCCGUAACCUGGCAACGUUAUAGAAUUUACUGUCCGUGAUUCAUAUUUGCUGUUGAUAAUUGCACGAGGUGGUGAGGCUAUAAAAACGGGGGAGAUGAAAGUGGGUUUACAGCACAGACAACACACACACAGACAACACACACACACACACACACACACACCACAGGUUGCUCACACAAGAACAAAAACAGCGAUGUUUGUAUUCAGUCGUCUGAAAUAUCACACUAAUAACGUCUUAAAAAAGCACGGAGAGGAAUGUGUACAAAUGUUCAGCAUGUAUUAGAAGAUACUGCCAUUACACACUCUGAUAUAUGCAGAACAUGGGAAAUUAUCCGGGGAAAAACAUUUAGCAUUUUAGCCGAUUUGAAAGCAUUAAAAAAAAAAAAGUUUGGCUGAAUCAGAAGUUGGUCUUCACAGAUGUCAGAUGGUACCAAAUGAUGAACAAACACAUGUAAAUAGUAUUGAUAAUAUUGAUGAAUAAUAUAUUGUUGGUGCAACGUGUACACAUAAAAAAAACAGUGUAGGUGUUAUCAGUGCCUCUGUACAGGGGAUGGAAGUUUGUUAAGUGUCAAACUGAGCGAUUUAAAAAAACAACAUGUAUAUGACUAUUUUACUUUUCACGGGUACUUGAGGUCGUCACUUGAUACUGAAGUGUUUUAUUUGAAUAUAUAUGACAAACAUGAAAUGGUGUGGAUUUUACUCCUUGUUCAUAUUACUCUGCAUGGCAUGAUCGGUGGCUUGUUGAAACACUUUCCCAAGGCUGUUUGCGGAAUAAUCUCUUUCAUUUACGAAACAAAAAAAAAAACAUUUUUGAAUGUCAAAAAGAGAAAUGUUUUCUAUCUCCGUCUCGAUGCAUCUGUCACCAUCACGCACACCACGGGCACAAGUCCAAUUUAAGUUGAGAGAGUGUUUUCUGUUUUCAUGUAACGGCACGGAGGGCGGCCUGUUUUUUUUGUGUGUCUUUAGUCUGCAUGGAGAUGUCUUCUCUCUCUCUCUCUCUCUCUCUCUCUGUCAUAAGCAAACACACACAGCGAUGCAAUCUUUCCUCCCGUCUAAUCCUGAGCUGUAGUUUCAGACCUCUGGGAACACAAAGUCUCCCAAACCGCCCGAUUCUCCGAGCGUGCCAGAUAAAAUAACACAAAAUCACAUAUAGUCAGGUGGUGUAAAAACAUGUUUUCAAAUUUGUAAAGCUGCCAUAAAGAGACAUAGAGAGACAAAAAUAUAGAGAGAUAAACCACCUUGAUGCAGAGAUGAAAUCAUUUUGUAGGAUUUGCUAAAUUAGGACAAAAAUUAUUUGCAUCACAGCUUCCAAAUUCUGCGAGGUCGGCACCAAAUGCAAUAUUUUGACAAUCAUCUGUUCUUAUUUAACCAUCAUGAGCUUUGGUGGAGAGGGUUUCUUUGUAAUGUUGCGUUUAUAUAUUUAUCGUUUUAGUGUAGAAUUUCUUCUUUUUCUGAUUGACAGCAGGAAGAUAUCCAGACAUUUGACCACAUUUAAAAACAAAGACUUACUGACAUGCAAUAUCAAGUAGUUUGUUUAUUUGCAAUCUAAAGCUGCAUUUCCACCAAAAGUACCAGGAAGUAGCAUCUUUUCAAGAAAGUUCCCAUUGCUGUCUGUGUUUAAACCAACAUCUUAAGACGCGUGAAAACAAGGCAAAAAAGUUUACUGAAUGCUGCGAGAACUCAACCAGUUAUAAACAUUGAGAGCUGUAAGUCCUGUCCCACAGGCCCUGGACUAAAAGAGAGUACUAUCCGCAAGCAGGAACUUUUGGGGGGCAUAAGAAAGGCUCAGGGUAAAUAAUUCCCCCUGAAAAAACACACUACGUUUUUAAAACAUACCUUGUUCUGAGGGAAAGUUCCUGCUAUGGAAAGUUGCAAUCUGAAGCAGCAUUGCCAUCAAAGUUACCCCAAAACUUUAAGUACCAGAAUGAAAAGGUUCUUCUGUUCUCAAUCCGCUGACUUGUUAAAUUUGUCUUAAUGCGGUGAGUGUUUUACCAAUCAGAAAAGCUUUAAGUACCACCCCAAAAGUCCCUGUACUUUCAGACAGUACUGGGACCUUCCCAGGGUAGAAUAAAGACCCGGGGACUUAAGUUCCUCAGGGAGCUUCUGGUACUUCAGGAAGUCCCGAGCAGUUAGUGAAGUUCUUGUCCUGGAAACGUUGCUUAUGUCGUCCACCUAAAAAUUCAUCUACAGGUUGUAUUUAGGAGAAAUGCAGGACACCUGACAGGAGGAGAUUUGAGGAUAAAAAAUAAUGUUCACUGGACUUAAGUUCCCUCACUCCAAGUUGAACCUAAAGUUCCUGGUCCCUGAGGAAAGUUUCUGUGGUAGAAAUGCAGUUUAUAAAGUCAAACUAAGAUUUAACCUUAAGAUGAGAUGCAGUUUAUGACGCUAAUGCUAACGCUAAUGAUGCAAACGUUUAUUUUCUGUUUCUACUUCAAUGUCUAGAAUGUUUUAUUUUGAUUAAAGGGAAUGUCGGCAUGCUGCAUGGACUAAAGAGAUAAAAGCUGAUCCCUUUAGACUGACUGCCACGACAGGAGUUCGGCUUUUAGCUCGCUUAUGAGGUGCAGUGUCAGAUGAUCACGUAGGAUGUAUUUAAUGGCCCUGCCACAGAACAAAAAGGGGAAUUAAAAGUGAUGGUUUUGCUCUUUUGUCUGUAAAUUAAUUUCUCAAAAUGAAUGAAUAUUUAGUUUUGUAAGGAUAAAUGUGUUUUAAUGUGUUUGCCAGUGGGCCUGCUGUUGAUAAAUGGAGCAAAAGGGAAAAAGACAAUCAUUGGGAGCCAUUAUAUUCCAGACUAAUGACUCAGCAAGCCUUCACUAUUGAGUUACCGCUCCGCCGUCUCAUUUUGGGGGAUCGCUCCGUUUUACCCAGGGCCUUACGUUUAAUAGAGUUGCUUCAUUCUUAGGUAUCUAGAAUUAAAAUCUUAACACCUCCGGGAGAAUACAGUCGUGAAGCCGCCUCCCAAAGCGGAAAUUGCAAAGAAAUAUUUACCCGGAUGAGUUUACAGGCUUUAUUUGAGUGCAAGCAUGAGUCAGCAGUUCUAAAGGAGGAGGAUGAACGGAGAAUUACGGUGAUUGCAGACGGAUUGGCCGUUAGAUCUCGACUCUGACUUUGUCCCUUUUGCGUUCUCGCUCGUGAAUUUGACGCCAGAAACGCAAGCUGUGAAUGUCGGCGAUGGCGGUCUUUGGGUCUGAAUCCUCUCUUCUCCCUCGUUGGCCCUCACUUGUCCCGCCCCCCUCCCUCUCUCUCUCUCUCUCUACUCUCUCUCUCUCUCGUUCAUCCAUUGUCAUCACAGCUUUUCAUCACGGAGCCAGACGUGCCUUCUUUAUGUUAUUUUUAGCUUUUCAAUUCUAGCACUUCUCGUCUGACAGCAGGACGGAUGAUAAAAGGGGGGAAACACACACAAACACACACGAUGAGAUGAGUCUGACAUUGACGACGGCAAACCCACACUGGAGAUGUGAUCAUACUUUUUUGAGUGCUUAUUGAUUUUCUUUCAUUUAUCUUCUGUAUCACGGGUCGGUUAUGAUUUUGUAUGCUUUUUGGGAAACCUGUUGUACAUGUUUUACAGAUCAUUGUCUUGUCAAAUAAAUUGUAAACCAAA